UCAGGGCAGUAGUUAUGUGUGUCUUUUUUGACCUCUGGUGGUCAAAAGCGCAACACAACUGUUGAUGAACUGUUUGAUGUUCUGUUACAUUUAUUUCAACAUUGUAGCCGGAAGUUCAGUGUCCUCAUUCCAGUUACCUUGACACUGACCACCGAAGCAAAACGGAGCAGACGAGCGAAACAUGGCGACUUCGAACAAUCCGCGGAAAUUCAGCGAGAAAAUCGCUUUACAUAACCAGAAGCAGGCGGAGGAGACAGCGGCGUUUGAAGAAGUGAUGAAAGACCUCAGCAUUACCCGGGCAGCGAGGUUGCAGCUGCAGAAGACUCAGUAUUUGCAGCUGGGACAGAACCGUGGCCAGUACUAUGGAGGUUCUUUGCCAAACGUUAAUCAGAUUGGAAACAGCACUGUCGAAGUGCCUUUUCAGAAUUCAGGGAUGGACACAAACAGAUCAACGCGGCACCACGGGUUGGUGGACAGGGUCUACCGGGACCGGAACCGCAUCACAUCACCACACCGAAAACCCCUAUCUUUUGACAAACAUGGACGCCAGAUUGACAGCUGUCCAUAUGGCGCAGUUUAUUUGUCACCACCACCUGACACCAGCUGGAGGAGGACGAACUCUGACUCAGCACUGCACCAGAGCACCUUCACUCCUGCCCAGCAGGCCUCUUUCACUGGAGGAUCACAGGAGCUCCAGCCAAAACGAGUUCUUCUCCUUUCUAUACCAGGGUCUGAAGCAAUUAAACAAGAGGUUGAUGAAGACGGACAAAAACAGAACUGGGACUGCAAAAAGAACAUGUCAAGGUCCAAGCCCUGCAAAGUUCCUGGGAUCCACAUAUUCCCAUCUCCGGACCAGCAGUUGCCCACCUCACUGAAACCAGCAGCCCACAACUCUGGUGGUUCACUUCCUGACCUGACCAACAUCCAGUUCCCUCCUCCGCUGCCUACUCCGCUCGACUCAGAUGAUGCAACAGCCGCUUCGUUCAGCUCCUCCAACAGCGUGCGGACCCUGGCUAACACGCAAGGAGUGAACACCUCUCAGCCCACAGUAACCAUGGAAAUGCAGCCUGGGCAGGACAACAUGGUUCCUCUCAUUCUUAACGCAGGAGACUCCCACCAGCACCAGAACCUGCAGCUCUCCCCAACAUCUCCGCCUCUCUCUCUCUCUCAGGCGGCCAUCAACAACAUGAACCUCGAGCAGCAGCUGCCCCAGUAUGCCUUCUUCAACCAGCAGCCUUCGUCCCAGACCCACCACAGCCAGCAACACACAGGUCUGGUUCAGCUGCCAUCCUCCGUGAACUCCUGCUCCACGUCAGACAACCAGACAACCUCACAGACCAACAUGACCGUGGACAUAAACACAGCCUCCUCCCUCCAACAGUACCGCAGUAGGGUCGGAUCCUCUGCCAAUCAGUCUCCAACCUCCCCCGUCUCCAAUCAAGGCUUCUCACCUGGAGGCUCGCCUCAACAUCACUCCAUACUGGGCAGCAUUUUUGCAGACUUCUACGACCAGCAGCUGCCCUCCAUUCAGGCCAGUGCUCUCUCACAACAGUUGGAGCAGUUCAACAUGAUUGAGACCCCCAUCAGUACCGACAGCCUGUACAACCAGACCCCCACCCUCAACUACUCCCAUGCGCUGAUGAUGGGUUUGACUGGUGGCCAGUGCAACCUUCAGGACUCGCAGCAGCUGGGCUAUAGUAGCCAUGGCAACAUCCCGAACAUCAUUCUAACAGUGAGUGGAGAGUCUCCCCCAAACCUGCCCAAAGAUCUGACUGGUCCACUGUCCACAAAUGUCAACUUCGAUGUGGACUCCCACUUCCCGCUGGACGACCUCAAAAUCGACCCACUGACGCUUGAUGGUCUGCACAUGCUCAACGACCCGGACAUGGUCCUUGCUGACCCUGCCACAGAGGAUGCGUUUCGUCUAGAUUGGCUUUAACCACCGCACGACAUGCACAGGUGUGUGAAUGAUACUACUCUGGGGGUAGGGUGGGGGUGGGGCAGGGGCAAUGGUUUCUCAUCUGAUAAAACCAAGAGACCCAGACUUCUGGAGUGCGUUGGUAACGGCCCCGUCUGUGCAGAGCAUCAAUUCCACACCAAUCAACCCCCACAAGAGAGCUUUCAAAAGAAACCUAAUUAUAGGAAAAUGCAUUGAAAUGCUUUUAAGACUGCUGCCAGCCUCCCUUCUCUUCAAAACCGGAAAGAUGAUUUACGGCCGAGUUAUGGUGUGAAUCAUGUUCAUGGUGUUGUCACUAUUUUUGCAACUGACACAUCCAGUUCUGCUUUAUAUUAGAUGCCUGGGUUUCAUCUGAAAGAGCUUGAGGAAAAUAUAACACUUAUUCUGUGUCAGUGAAUAACAGAACUACAGUAUGACUGCAGAGCAACCCCUCAACAAACUACAGUAUAGAAUGCAUCUGUUAACACAGAGUAGCCUGAUGACUCAGAGGAAACACCUGUUGCGUUUGACCCCUCAAGAUGGUGAUUCUCUUUAAGUACAGAUAAUCAUUUUGUGCUAAUCCCUGUUAAAUUUGUCACAGGAGUCAGACCCAGUUUGAUUUUUUUUUUCUGAAUUUCCUCUGAAGUCUUGACAAUGAGUCAUUAUUUUGCCACCUAAGUUGUUUUUUAUUAAAUGCUGUUUCGAUUUUUACCACAGUAAUUAGCAGUCAUCGUUAUGCAUGAAAUCACAACUCACUGUGCAUACGUGUUUUGCCUUAAUAGCUUGACAUUUUGGUUUUCAUGCAGAGAUGACUAUUAUGGAAAUGAGAAAAAAAAUCACUUUUUAAUUGUCUGGUAAUUUCUACUGUUUUACAAGUGAUUUGUCCUACAGUGUUCACAGAUACAUUACUGUAGUUGUACUUUUUAGGUGUGCUGAUCUUUGCCCAUCACAUCAUCCAUUUUCACUACUAUAUCAAUGUUCAUAUUCAUUUAUCAGUCAGAAAUCUAAAACGAUUGAGUUCUGUGUCGUGAAAGAGAUGUUUACAGGCUUGUUUUGUUUUAUAUUUUACAAGUACAGAAUGUGAUUAGAUUUUGCGUAAUGGUAUCUAUGCAAAACUAUAGCGAUUGAUUUAGGACUGUAAAAUGAAACGCAUAAAAUGAACCCUUAUAAAGAGGAAGCCAGUGUGCAUUGGAGUCUUUACAGGCUGCACAGCGACGAUGCCAUGUUGCUGUUACUUUUGGAACACAGACUAAUGAUGUGUAGAGAGAAAAGGCUUUGUGAGUGCAGGGUACCGUAGAAACUCUCCCGAAUUACUCCCAAAGAUGUGACCUCAGUGUAGUUUAAAUAUAUAUUUUUUUCAAGACAAUUUAAUUGCCUCUAUACUAGAACUGCAUUGUUGAUCCAAUGAGAAUGUAUUUAGGUCACAUCUGUACAGUUGUGUUGUCGGCAUCUUGUCAUCCUCAUUGCCUCUCAUGUCUAGCCUUUACAUGUAAGUACUAUAGGACCAAACUGUCAUUCAGCUGUUGGCUUUCUCCCCACAGAGGAGAUGCAAUGUACGGUUUUAUGUUUAACUGUUUGUUUGCUUGGUAUUAGAGUAACACUGAUUAUCUGUUUCCUCCUCAUGCUUGUGUUAUCUGUGCCCUUUAGUUCUGCGUUAAUACAUGCAUUUGCUCUUUAAAAAGCAAGUUUCCCAGUGAAUGGAUGUUUUUGGUUUCACACAGCUGUGUCCCAUAUGUCAUUAUUGCACUUUAUGCAUUUAUUUAAAGCACUGAUUUAUGAGAGAUCAUAUACUAACCCCCCUCCCAGACUGUUAUUUUCACUGGACCCCGUUUGCCCUGUCUUUGAAUA